AUGGUAUCUUACGACCUGGAUGGCUCCGAAGCAGAGUCAGAUAUUUCCCAUGAUCUGCAUGUACAAACUAAGGUCCCAGGCAAGAUGUCUAGCACCGGUAACAUAUUGAUUAGAAAUGAUGCUACCAGCCAUAAAAAGAAUAAAGCCAUAGAUAGUCUCAUAGCAGAAGUGCACGAAUUAGACACUUCCGAAUCUUCAGGUAUCGGUGAAGCUGUUGACCUUGAUCAAUACGGCGAAAACGAGCCGCCUCGAAAAAGGCGACCCUUGCUACCCACCCAACCAGAAAGGCUUGAAUGGUCCGAGGAUGACUCGGCUAACGAUGGCGAAGCAACCUAUAGGAGAUUUCAGUCGAAGAAGUCCGAUCACAGGAAACGCGCAAUCAGGUCUACAAAAAAAGCAAAGGCAAUCGAGGCGCAGAAUCAUCAGCGGGCGGGCGGGAAGACUUCGACUGGAGUAGGCAAGCGUACGUCGAAGACGAAGAAGGCAUCAGGAUCGACGGAGCAAGGCGGUGGAGAUGGUACUUCAGAUGAUGAACUCAUGGAGUGGACUGUUCCAGAUUAUCUAAAAGAGCGACGGGCGCAGUUUGAUGCGAGAGCAGAGAAAUUCAAAGCAGGCGGCCUAAAGCUACCGCCAGCAUACGAUGAAGUUCACUUCUCCGAUGACGAGCGGCUUGAGAGACUCACGGAACGGCCACAAUUUCCUACCGACCCACCUGCCAAGUAUGAGGAUAUUCAUCUUCCAUAUUCCUUGGGUUUGGUCCCAGCACCCAUCGCUCAGUGGCUUCGGGAUUACCAGGUCCAAGGCGUUGAAUUCCUUCAUGAGCUUUUUGUCUACCAGAAAGGUGGCAUCCUAGGUGAUGAUAUGGGCCUCGGCAAAACUGUGCAGGUAAUUGCCUUUCUGACUGCUGCCUAUGGGAAGACCGGUGAUGAAAGAGACGACAAAAGAAUGCGCAAGAUGAGGCGAUCUCACAACCGGUGGUAUCCACGUACCUUGAUCAUUUGCCCUGGAACGCUUAUCUCAAAUUGGCAGGAUGAAUUUCGUCGCUGGGGAUGGUGGCAUGUUGAUGUUUAUCAUGGAUCUGCUGACGUCAAAGAUGCUGCAAUAGCAGCUGCGCAAUCUGGUCGAGCAGAAGUAAUGAUUACAACAUAUACCACCUACAGAAUGAACAGGGAUGUGAUCAACAUGAUCGCAUGGGACUGUUGUGUAGCUGACGAAUGUCAUGCUAUCAAAGAGCGCAAAUCUGAAACCACGUACGCACUCAACGAGGUUAACGCAUUGUGUCGGAUAGGCCUUACAGGUACUGCCAUCCAAAACAAAUAUGAAGAGCUCUGGACCUUGCUCAACUGGACCAAUCCUGGACGGUUUGGUCCGAUCUCGACCUGGAAGGCGUCUAUAUGUGACCCACUAGAGCUAGGUCAAAGCCAUGACGCCACAGUUUAUCAAUUGAGCAGGGCAAGAAAGACGGCCAAGAAGCUUGUGGAGAACCUACUGCCUCCGUUUUUUCUGCGCAGAAUGAAGACACUGAUCAAAGAUCAGCUACCUAAAAAAAGUGACCGCGUGGUAUUUUGUCCUUUAACUCAGACUCAAGCCGAUGCUUACGAAAGAUUCCUGGAUGGUGAUGUAGUGCGGUACAUCAAGCAAAGCGCCGAGUUUUGUGACUGUGGUUCUGGCAAGAAGAUGGGUUGGUGCUGUUAUGCUUUACUUCCAGAUGGGUCGAAGUGGCAGAACCAUGUCUUUCCGGCGAUAUCAACCUUGCAGAAACUGAGUAAUCAUCUUGCUAUUCUGAUUCCCCAGAGCUCAGAUUCCAACGACAAACAAGACAAGGAUCUCGAAUUACUUCGCACGUGCGUACCAGAUCAGUGGCGCAAGCUGCACGCCGAAAGGGACUCAAUCCUCCACUACUCGAAUCCGGAAUUCUGUGGUAAGUGGCGGAUAUUGAAGAAGUUGCUGAAGUUUUGGCAUGGCGAGGGGAAUAACAAAGUGCUGGUCUUCAGCCAUUCCGUUCGAUUAUUGAAGAUGCUGCAGAUGCUCUUCAACCAUACAAGUUACAGCGUUUCGUACCUUGAUGGCAGCAUGAAAUAUGGGGAUAGGUACGCUGUUGUGACAGACUUUAACACCGAUCCCAGCCAGUUUGUUUUCCUAAUCUCGACACGUGCCGGAGGCGUGGGUCUGAAUAUUACUUCAGCCAACAAAGUCGUGGUGGUCGAUCCAAACUGGAACCCUUCGUACGACCUUCAAGCGCAAGACCGAGCUUACCGGAUAGGUCAGACGCGCGACGUCGAGGUCUUCCGGCUGGUGAGCCAAGGAACGCUUGAGGAGAUUGUGUAUGCGCGACAAAUAUACAAACAGCAGCAAGCGAACAUCGGAUAUAAUGCAACCACUGAGAGAAGAUACUUCCAGGGCGUACGUGGUCGACAAGAUCAGAAAGGCGAGAUUUUCGGCCUUAACAACCUAUUUGCUUACCAGAAUGACAAUGUUGUGCUAAGAGACAUCGUAAACAAGACCAACAUUGCCGAGAGCAAGGCAGACCUACGCAUUGCAAGCCUUGAGCUGGAUGGUGACAAGGAUGAGGACGUGAAAAAGGAUAUUGAUGCCGAUGAUGAUGACCCGUUAGAUGCUUCUUUCAAGACCGAAGACGAUAACGAAGAGGCUGCUAUGUCACAGCUUGCAGCCAUGAUCACAAAGGAUGGAUCUAAGCCAAAGAAGAGAAAUCGAUCUUCCAAAUCUGAGUUAUCGAAGAGUGCAAAGCAUGAUCCCGUGCAAGCGAUCCUUUCUUCCGCCGGCGUACAGUACACGCAUGAAAAUAGCGAGGUCAUUGGCAGCUCCAAAGUAGAAGCAGAUCUUUCCAAGCGGGCUGAAGAAGCAGCAGAAGGUGGCAGCACACAAGAACAGUCAGCACGGGUCUUUAUGGUAGACAGCCAGUCACAAGCAUCGAGGAAUGGGAAGUCGAACGUGACUUGCCAAACAAAUGGCAUCACAUAUCAAUACAGACCUCCCGAAGCAGUCAAGAAGCGACAAUUCUGCUCCAUGGCCAGAUGGGCAGGGUACAAGGAUGCAGUAGAAUUUGCAUUGGUCGUAGAAGGGUGGACGCAAGAGGAAAGAAGGACUUGUCUCGACCGGUUCUAUGAUUGGCGCAGGGAGGUUUUAGCUGGUGAGGGAGACAUCGAGGAAGAAGAGAAGAAUUUGGUGGAGCUGGUUGCUCUAGAAGAUGCUGAACAAGCGAGUGACGAAGACGAUGAAUUAUGA